AUGAGUGGAAACCACAUUCGAAAACACUAUCUUUUUCUUGAUACUUAUUUUCUAUUCGUAUUCAUUUUAUUACGGAUCUGUUUUAUUUUAUUUAAUCCGUCUAAAGUUAAAUGCGAUUUAUUUUCCAUUAAUCUUGUUAUUUCACUAAAAUCUAAUAGGUCUAAAUUUUUAUUACCUUUUAAAGGAUAUUUAGCGAAAAAAGGAAUAAUGAUAUCUUUUAUACUAGAAAAUUUCGUUACUUUAAAAUCAAUAGUACCUCUAGAAUCCAAACUUGUAUUACCACACCCUAAAUAUUCUAUUAAACUUUUGAUUAGAGACUCAUCUCUAAUACUUUGA